AUGCCCCGCGCCGCCGCCGGCGUCGCCAGGGCUUUUCCCGGCCACGCCCCCAUGGCGGCGGCGAGGGAGGAGGACAAAGGAGGGCUUCUUAACUGUAGGAAAGAAGAGGACGAGUUGGACGCCUCAUUCGAUUCUCUCGACGUACACCGGCCCGACGUGGGGACGAAAGCAUCGGAGAACUACAACUCGCCGCCUCUGGCCAAGAAAAUGGUGGGAACUGGAGAUAGAUCUGUCGCCGGUCAGAUCAUGAGUAUCAUGUUCAACAUCGCCACCCUUGCGCUUCGCAUUACCCAGACGUUCAUCAAUUCAGCAUACAGUGACGCAAGAGAGUUAGUCUUCGAAAGUUUCUCGCUGCUAGACAAUUCGGUCAGCUGUCCCAAGCUGUUGUUCACCGCUGCGUAUCAUGCUGCUCAUACCGAGGGGUCUGCGGUGUUUGCGUCCGUGUGUUUGCUGGGGUCAUGCCUUAUUGUUUUCACUAUUAUGAUUCAUCUGAAUAGGAAGUACAAAACUUGGGCAAGGAUCCGGAUUGUCGGAAUGGCGACCUUAAUGGCGCUUGGAGUUGCCUUGCUUCGCUAUGGGAUGCUAAUCCCAAUAGAUCACGCUUGGCACACUGUUGCCGUUCCUUCCAUCAUCUGUUCCCUAGUGUGGCUUGAGGUUGCUCUGCUCAUACGCACCCAGAUAAAAGAGGAUGGAGGCAACCAACACUUGCUCCGCGAUCUGCUCAUGAAAUUGGGCGAGACGCCCAUCAGCACCUACCGAUGUGUCCAUCUGAUACAAAACCCAGAUAGCCCGUGGGAUGCACAAAUGAUACUUCUUCUGUUGGGGAGCGGGCCACCAAUGCUCAUCGGAGCUUGCCAGAUCGCCUGGCUAGUGUACAAGGCAGACGUCAUAUCUAAGGUAGUCGAAUGGCUUAUGAAGAUGCCUCGAUUUUUCGCCAGGGAAGAAGAGCAUAAGGCAGCUAGACCUGCCAGGGAGGUCGAUGAAGGUGGUCGCGCGGCGGAUCAGGUGGCAGGAGAAAGUGUCGAGAUGGGCAGUGGCUUCCCAAUUCUGAUCAGAACUUGCCAGGUCAUCACAUUUAAGGUGGCUGAGUGGCUCAAGAAGAUCCCUCAAGUUUUUGCCUGGGACGAAGAGCAGGCUGUCGGAGCUGCCACGGAGGGUAAUGGAGACGGUGAUGCCAGGGAUAGUGUGGUGGCAGAAGACGUUUUCGUCGCCAUUGGUGUCUGA